AUGGCUGAUGGUUGGCAAGAUCAAAGAAAUAGACAAUUGAUUAAUUUUCUUGUUUACUGUCCUAGAGGAAUUGUGUUCAUUAAGUCUGUUGAUGCCUCAGAUAUUGUGAAGGAUGCUCAAACUCUUUGUAACUUAUUUUUGGAAAUGGUUGCAUUUGUUGGUGUGGAUAAUGUGGUGCAUUUGGUAACCGAUAAUGCAGCUAAUUAUAAAGCUGCUGGGAGGUUAUUAACUGACAAGCAUCCUUCUAUAUAUUGGUCUCCAUGUGCUGCCCAUUGCUUAAAUUUGAUUUUAGCGGACAUUGGCAAAAUGGCUCUUGUUACUAGUUUGGCAUCAAGAGCUUCAAAGGUUUCAAAAUUCAUUUACAAUCAUGCAUUUUUGCUUGCCUGGCUGAGAAAAAGAGAAGGUUGGAAAGAAAUCAUCCGUCCAGGACCUACACGGUUUGCUACCACAUUUAUUGCAUUAAAAAGUCUUCUUGAUCACAAGCAUGAUUUACAAGCCCUGGUAACUAGCAAGGCAUUUUUAGAUUCCAGAUACUGUAGAGAUCAGAGAGCCAAAGAUGUAACAUUGAUUAUAUUAGAUAACAAGUUCUGGAAUGAUUGUAAGAUUAUUGUUGAAGUUGUGAAACCACUUGUUCGGUUGUUGAGAAUAGUUGAUUCUGAUGAUAGGCCUUCACUUGGAUAUAUCUAUGAGGGUAUGUAUAGGGCAAGGAAAGCUAUCAAGAGUACUUUCAUGAACAAAAAAACUUUAUACAAGCCUUAUACAAGAAUUAUUAAGAGAAGGUGGGAUACACAGCUUCGUCAAGAUCUUCACACAGCAGCUUAUGUCUUAAAUCCUGCUUUUCUUUAUGACCAGGCUAACUUUUCUCAAAAGCCAGAGGUUAUGAAUGGAUAUCUUACAGUUAUAAAUAGAAAAGUAGCUUCCAAUAAGACCAAGUUCUUGCAAGAAGGCACACAGUACCAAAAUAGAAGUGGUAGCUUUAGUCAUCCUUUGGCCCUUGAAUCUGCAAAAUCAAUGCGACCUGGUAAAGUUUUAUAUUUUAAUGUUUGA